AAUGAUAGUAACCCUAGAUCUUACUCAUAACAAGUGUUAUGGUGAUUCACUGAGUCAGUUUUACUUGAAGUAUUUCCUUGACUACGAUCACUUCAUAUUGUGGUUUGUUAACUCAAUUUCUGGAAACAAAGGAUUUAUAAGAUAUGUAAUUUCGGGGGAAAAUUACAAUUUGGGCAAUAUUUCAAUGUAUAGAACGAGGUAUUUAGUAUCAUUCUUAAUAAUGCUUGUAUUUGUGAGUAUAAAAUGAUUGUUUAUUAUGUAUAGCAUAACAAAAGAACUCUUAUUUUAAACAGUAAUUUCACGAAGGUGUCAGUGUUUAUUUCAGACCUUCUAUCCCGGGGGGAUA